AUGAAAUCAAGGAUUAGAUUUAAGAUUAAUCAAGAUUCAAGAGUAGAAAAGUACUUACAAGACAAAAGAAUUAAAAAAAACGAUAUUGAUGAUAUUGAUGAUAUUAAAUGUGUAUUUUAA